AUGAACUUACUUUGACAGAGCCCUCUUUUCGUCUGAAUCCUUCGUUUUCUCCAUCUGUAAUUGAAGCAAAAAAAUUGAAGAACGACGACGAGGACGAAGAACAAGUGAGGAAGAUGGGAACAUUGGGAAAGGCAAUUUACACCGUUGGAUUCUGGAUCCGGGAGACCGGCCAAGCCCUCGAUCGUCUUGGUUGCCGCCUCCAAGGGAGUUGCUACUUUCAAGAACAACUAUCUAGGCAUAGGACGCUCAUGAACAUAUUUGACAAGGCUCCUGUGGUUGACAAGGAUGCAUUUGUGGCGCCUAGUGCAUCUAUCAUUGGUGAUGUGCAGGUGGGACGGGGUUCCUCCAUUUGGUAUGGGUGUGUUUUGAGAGGUGAUGUUAACAGCAUUAGUGUUGGUUCCGGGACCAACAUACAAGACAACUCUUUAGUUCACGUAGCAAAAUCCAAUUUGAGUGGAAAGGUUUUACCAACGAUCAUUGGAGAUAAUGUUACUGUUGGUCACAGUGCCGUGUUACAUGGAUGUACUAUUGAGGACGAGGCAUUUGUGGGGAUGGGAGCGACAUUGCUUGAUGGAGUCUUCAUCGAAAAACAUGCAAUGGUUGCUGCUGGAGCACUUGUGAGGCAGAAUACAAGGAUCCCAUGCGGAGAGGUAUGGGGAGGCAAUCCGGCCAAAUUCCUGAGGAAGCUUACAGAAGAAGAGAUGGCCUUUAUCUCCCAGUCAGCCAUUAAUUAUUCCAACUUAUCACAGGUUCAUGCAGCUGAAAACGUAAAGAGCUUUGACGAAAUUGAAUUCGAAAAGGUUCUUCGCAAGAAGUUUGCUCGUCGUGAUGAAGAGUAUGAUUCAAUGCUGGGCGUUGUUCGUGAAACCCCCCCAGAGCUCAUUCUUCCAGAUAAUAUACUGGCCAACAAAGUACCAAAAUCUUCUUAAGACAUUUUCUUAAUGUAGGCACAUAAAAAUUCUUCCCCUUUCAAAUGUCGAGUUGAUAAAAGACGUGACUUUCAUCUCAAAUAAUUUAUGGAGGUUGGAAGAAAGAGCGAGUGCCAGUAAUCACGGACAACGUCCUCUGGCCACAGCUCGAGUCAAUCAUCUUCUCCAAAACCCCAUUUUUCUCCAUCUUGAGAAAUCAGGUACAAUGAGACAUCAUUACAUUGGAUGCUUUAAUCAUCUUGAAUCUAUUCUUGGUUUUGAAUAUUUCAUUGGCUGUUACUAGUUGGAAAUAAAUAAACUAAGGACGCUUCCUGAUUCUUUUUCAUAGAUCAAAUCUUUGAAUCGAAACAGGGAGCUAAUAUUUGUUUGGGAGUGUUUGAUGUUUGUCUGAUUUGAUUACAUUAGCCAACUGUAAAGGUCUCUCAUGUGAAGCAAAUGUAUGGCUGCUGAUGCAAUGCAGAAGGGUGGAAGAGGGGGAUGUUCUUAGCCAAUGUUGCGGCUAUGGAGUUUGGUUGAUAAUGGGAUGAAUGGGCCAAUCUGUUUGUCGGCCUUCUUUGAAGAAUAAUAAUCGUACAGCCAUUUUGUUUUGUUUUUUUUUUU